AAAAUAAUUAAAAAAAAGGGACGUUCUUCUGGCAAAUACGAAACGAAAAUUGGAAAAACAGGUUCUGGAACUCUCGGUUGAAAUCUUGGAACUCCUUUGCUGUCCUGUACCGUCCGGAUAAAUAAACCCUAACGAAACUCCAGCAGCAGCAGACCAAAAACAUAACACUCCCAAGCACCUCACCUGACCCAAACUCGGAUUUAUAAUCAUGGCAAUAAUCUCCGAGUUCCAGGAACAGGAGGCAAAGCCCUCCACUUCUUCACCGCCGCCUCUUAACCCGGUGUUGUUUAACGCGAGCUUGGAUCCGUCGAACCCUGUUGCGUUUUUGGAGAAAGUUUUCGAUUUUCUGGCGAAAGAGAGUGGUUUUCUCGGGAAAGAGAACGUCGAUAAGGAGAUCGCGGCGAUUGUGAGAGUUGCGAAGGAGAAGAGCAAGAAGAAGGAAGAAGAGGUGGCUCCAAAGAUGGAGGUAAAGGAGAAGGAAGGGAAGGAGAUCAAGAAAGAAGUGAAGAAGGAGCAAAUGGCGGUCGAUAGAAAGGAGGAUAAGAAGGACGAAGAGACUAGCUCUGGCUUGAGAGUUCCAAAUAAAGGCAAUGGUCUUGAUCUGGAGAAAUACUCUUGGACACAGACCCUGCAAGAGGUCACUGUUAAUGUUCCAGUUCCCAGUGGAACAAGAUCAAGGUCUGUUGUGUGUGAGAUAAAGAAGAACCAUCUAAAAGCUGGACUCAAGGGGCAGCCUCCUGUUAUUGAUGGGGAGCUUUUCCAAACUGUCAAACCUGAUGAUUGUUACUGGAGCAUCGAGGAUAAUCGUUCAGUCUCAAUCCUUUUGACAAAGCACAACCAAAUGGAAUGGUGGAAAUCAUUGGUAAAAGGAGAUCCUGAAAUUGACACUCAGAAAGUUGAACCAGAGAACAGCAAACUAUCUGACUUAGAUCCGGAAACACGUCAAACUGUGGAGAAGAUGAUGUUUGACCAGAGACAGAAAGCCAUGGGCCUUCCAACCAGUGAUGAGCUUCAGAAGCAGGAAAUUCUAAAGAAAUUCAUGUCCGAGCAUCCUGAGAUGGAUUUUUCAAGGGCAAAGCUCAUGUAAAUGGGAGUGUACCACUCCACGUGUCUCCAGUCAUAUAUGUAGAAGCUUUCCUGCGUUUUUCUUAUGAACUUUUUGAGUUGAUAUUUUAUUUUGGGGGGCAGAAAUAGAAAUGAGUAAUGGUUUGAACUUUGUUCAUAGGGGAUAUUUGCAUAUUAUUGAUACAUCAGCUCUUAUUAGACUUGAAUAUGGAGUAAUCUAAGCGUUUAGCAGCUUUCUUAAACUCAUCAAUGCUGCUUUUCUCUCUAGAUAAUGUUGCCUUGAGUAUGGUAAUCAGUAGGGAGCAGUAUUCUUCACGAAACCCUUGGUUGGUGCAAAUUUACUGUCCUCUUAGUUGGAGGACCAGUUGUAAAAUUGGCCGAGGGUGUCACCAAGUUAUAUGGAGAUAUACAUAAAUACCCAUGUAUGGAUACACGUAUCUAUAUGUUUGUAAAAUUCGUUUGCUUGAUUGGGGAAUCAGGGCAUUAGCUGUGAUUGGUGGUGCUAAAGGUGAUGGUGGCCUGUUGUCACUUCAUUCAGCGAAAAUUUCGGGGGUGACUUAUGUCAUUCCAUUAUGUUUGAGUUUCACUUUAUUUUGUUCCAAAGUGGAUUGUUGUCUGAUGCUUCAUGCUCUCCUUGUCGAUAACCCCGGAUUCUGCGGCCCAGUUUAUUCCAAUACAAAA